UCUGGGAUAUGAUUGGCUGGUUCUAAAAGUAUUAACCAAUCAUACUGAGCGCUCACUCAACAGUUGCGUCUGCUGAACGCGGCCAUUGUCAAAUUCGACAUCGUUUUGACAUCGACCGACAAGUAGUAUCUCGCUGGGUAAGAAUUGCUACCACUCCGAGAAAUCAGUAGGAACGAAAGCAGAUUGAGGUCAAGGUCCGCGGGGAAUUUGAAGAAAAAAGCCGUACUAAUUAUCUUAAUCGACAGUUUUAAUAAAAUGAUCCUUAUCGUUACAUAACAUUACGUGUCGGACACAAUAAUACAAUAAUAUAUUAUUAAUUAUAGCAAUAAUCUGACGAUGUAACAAUUAAUGAUUGCAACUAUGAUCAACGGUGUCAUCAUAAUGUACGGUAACAAUCGAACGGGAUAGUAUACAUAUUCAAGCAUCGGUUCGCAAUAAAUAGUGAUAUCGUUAUUUAAAAGAGAGACUCCACAUUAUUCAAAUUCUGACGGUUUUUCAUUCCAUCACCACGGGAGAAGCAUAUAUUGGCGAGAGGCAGUCGCUGUGCUUCUGACCCUAUCGGCAUGCUACAUCAUAUUAUACCCUAAAGCUGUUUAUUUCGUAAAAAUGAAGCCUUCUCCAGGUUCUUUCAAUAAGUAAAAAAAUUCAGAUCUCUUUUUACAGAAAGUGUGAUCUUUUUUGCUCUGUGGGAAGAGCUGAUUUAAAACGAUGUCUGGAUUACAUAGCGGGUUAGUUCACCUUGACCCUAUCUUGAAAUAUGUUAUUGCGUAUGUUACGUCACAUUUAAGAUAACUCGCAAUUUACAUUGCAGAUCAAAGGCAGAUUGCACUGUAUAUAACAUCAUUGGUUAUAUGUAUAACUUCCAUAAUGCGAAAAAAUCGGUCUAUAACUAAGAUAAAGUCGUUCGGUUUGCGACGCAGUAUAGUAACAUAUGUAGUUAUUGAAAAUCAGGGUUGGACACUACCCAACUCUGUUGAAAAUAUAAGACGAAUCUAAUGGCGCCAGAUUCUCGCGAUGUCGAGAUCAAGAAACAAUAUACCGACAAUCCAAAUGCUCAAUCUGAAGUAUCCCAGAGUUAUUCCACGAAACUGAAGAGCUGCAAAAGUGUUCAAGACGAACAGAUAUAUGACGAUGACGAGAAAAAUAUCAAAAUUCGUCAAAUUGUUAAGUAUCUAAAUGAUAUGUCGUACACACAGUCAUUCUUUCAAGACUUUUCAAGAUUAUCCUUCACAAAGACGAAACCCAGAAAAGUCGUGGAACGUGAAAUCAAUGAAAGUGGGAACGAAAGAAGGGAUCAUAAUAAAUCCAUUAGUGAUGGGAAGAUGUUUCGACUACUAAAGGAAGGCAUCCCAAAAAUUUUCGAAAAUGUCUACAAAUACAAUAAGUCCCAAAAAGAAAAGCCAGAUAUUUUAUAGAUUAAAAAAAAUAAAAAU